UUAAUCUACAGAAGUCGGUUUGUCCCUCAAUAGACCUACCUGUGGCUUGAACUCACACAAGAUUAGAACGAUAGCAGGUUGAUGGUGCAGGAGAGGGUUCUCUAGAUUGAUGAGUAACCUGUCAAAAACUAUCUUAGCUAAGGUGUUGCUAUUUGAUACUGAUGCGAGAUGACCCGAACCUCAAGAUGUGUAGCAUGCAGUUGACACUCAAACAGCUGUGACGUCACAUGUGUGUGUUCCUCUUAUGCCCUCUCAGCUUCCCCUAAUACCUGUGGUUACUUGAAGAGAAGGUAAGACAAAUUACCAUUACUAUUACCACAGGACAUCUGGACAGGACACCACAGAAACAAUCCAGUAGACAUUACAGGAAGAUGUGGUAGUGGAGAGCACCACAUAUACCCAUCACACCACCCACUGAUAGAUGAGAAACAGGAAUGAAGUUUUUGGUAGUUGUGGCUGCUGCUCUGGCAGUGGCGAGCGCUGCUAGCCUUUCACUGGAGGACCUGGAGUUCCAUGCCUGGAAACUGAAGUUUGGAAAGUCCUACAGCUCUCCAGUGGAGGAGUCUCAGCGCAGGAGUUCCUGGAUCUCCAACCGCAAACUGGUGCUGGUCCACAACAUGCUGGCUGACCAGGGCAUCAAGUCCUAUCGCCUGGGCAUGACUUACUUCGCUGACAUGGAAAACGAGGAGUACAGACGCAUCAUCUCCCAGCGCUGCCUGGGCUCCUUCAAUGCCUCCAAGCCCCGCGGUGGCUCUACCUUCUUACCCAUGCUUGGGGACAACGAUCUGCCCACCACCAUGGACUGGAGGGACAAGGGCUAUGUCACCUCCAUCAAGGAUCAGAAGGGUUGUGGCUCCUGCUGGGCUUUCAGCACGACUGGCUCUCUGGAAGGCCAGCACUACAGGAAGACCAAUAAGCUGGUGUCCCUCAGUGAGCAGCAGCUGGUUGACUGCUCCGGCAAGUUUGGCAACAUGGGCUGCAUGGGUGGUCUCAUGGACCAGGCCUUCGAGUACAUCAAGUCCUUGGCCCCUGGAGGCCUGGACACUGAGGACUCCUAUGCCUACCAUGCUGAGGACAAGAAGUGCCACUACAAGCCAGACAGUCUGGGUGCCACCUGCACCGGGUACGUUGACAUGACCAGCGGUGACGAGAGCGCCCUGCAGCAGGCCGUGGCCACCGUCGGACCUGUGUCUGUAGCCAUUGAUGCUGCACACUCCUCCUUCCAGCUCUACAAAUCAGGUGUCUAUGAUGAGCCAGACUGCAGCAGCGAUCAGCUGGAUCAUGGUGUGCUGGCUGUGGGCUAUGGCACUAGUGAUGAUGGCCAGGACUACUGGCUGGUGAAGAACAGCUGGGGCCUUGACUGGGGAGAUAAGGGCUACAUAAUGAUGUCCAGGAAUAAGCACAACCAGUGUGGCAUCGCCACGGCCUCCAGCUACCCCCUGGUCUAAGGACAAUAGUGUUUGGUGACUGGGAUUCUUCCUGAAGAUGGAGCGUAACAGAAUUUAUUUGUCUGUGUGUGUUAUUGUAUCAGAACCAUUUCCCAUGAACUGUAUCCCUCUUGAUGGAUUGGACAUUAUGCUGGAUUUGAAGCAGAAGAUGACUCAAGAGGAGCUGAAUGACAGUUUGAUCAUGACAACAUUCCUCCCACAGGCUGUGCAAGUAUUCCCUGAACUUUACAUACUGUAUCUUACUGUAUGUUUCUUUGUGAAUGGCAAUUUCAUCAUGAGCACCUCUCCCAUCAUUUGCUGAUCACCAGUUCUCUUGGCUAGAAAUUGUUACACCAGAUAAAGUGAUUUAACCAAAGAUAUUUGGUAUCCAUUACUGGGAGUUACAGGAUAGUUACUGUUUGGUGUAAUAGCACAGAUCAUUUUUGACCAACCUUAGCGAUGCUGUCUUCAUCCUCGACUUGUGGGAACAGGAGUCUCAUAAAAUGUCUGUGACCAGUUGUCAGGAGUCAGUUUGAAUUCAGAAAAUGCUCCGUUAUCUCAUUGAUCGACACGGGUGUCUGUCAUCAUGACAUGCGGCACUUUGGGGUAGACACCCAGCUGUGCUACACCAAACAGUACCUAUCCUGUAACUCCCAGUAAAUUAUACCAAAAAUCUUUGGUUAAAUCACAUUAUCUAGUGUAACAAUCUGUAUAUAAAGUUCUCUGUACUACUCUGUUCAUGCUGUAUUUUCUGUAUGUUACUUUUACUAUAUAACAUUGUUGAAUACCAAGUUCUCUUUUUGAGUUAAAUAUUGUACACUCCUCCUGUAUUUUAGAUCUUGACAAAUAAACAUUAUAUGGAUAUA